UAUAUUCACUAUUAUGCUGUUUUAAUAUUCUAGAUGAACCACCACUGAUCCCUGAACCAGCUGACAUGGAAUGUCCGAGUAAUUUCUCACACUGGCUUGACCUCGGAGGGCAGUACUGUUACUAUAUUGAAGACAAAACCAGAGCACAGUGGGGUGAGGCAUCACGUAAAUGUAUAAUGAAAAAUUCUACUCUUGUAAGCUUCCAUUCAGAACACGAACUCCGGGUGUUUCAACCGUACAUUUCUUCUCUACAAAUUAACCCGUGGAUCGGUCUUGUUCAAAAGGCAGAUGGUGGCUUUCAAUGGACUGAUUACAGUCCUGUGGAUUACACAAACUGGGGGGAUAAAGAGCCCAAUAAUGCGGCAACUGACCAUUGUGUGCAACUAGAAACUGAAAACAUGGUUUGGAAAACUACAAGAUGCACAUACUACUCAGAAUAUAUUUGUAUGAUGAAGAAAGUUCCUGGACAACCAGAUGAGAAAGAAAAUCCAGUAGAAAAGAGCGGGAAAAGGCUUGCACCCUGGGCAGUGGCCGUCAUCUGUUUGUCUAUGUUGACCUUAGCAGGAGUUAUGAUAGGCCUGUGGUUUUUUAAACGGAAAGAAAAGUCCACUUUGAAAAGUCCACCUCUUUCGUUCGACAAUAUCAUGUAUGUUUCAGGAACAGAAACUCUCUCUUCUCCAAGUUCUUCAGCAUGAACACUUCCAGUAGUUGAUAUCUGUUGGAGACAUUGCUAUGUGAUCAAAGUGUUUUUUACCCUGAUUGUUGUUGUUAUGUAGUGUCUAUUUUAUCGGUGUAUUUCUAAAACAAUAAACUGGAUAGUUGUAUCAUAAAUAUACCUGUUUACAGAUGUUUGUUUUUAAUUAUGCACAAAGCUACACAAGGGCUAUCUGUGCUCUGCCCACCACGGGUAUCGAAACCCGGUUUCUAGCGUUGUAAGUCCGCAGACAUACCGCAGUGCCACUUGGGGGGCGUUUACAGAUGAACACCAGGCACGGAGUUCUGUAACUUUAAGGGGUUUUGUUACUUUUACUGUUGUAUAAUCUGAUUUCAAUUACAAACAACAACCUGGAAGUAAAGGGGACGUGUGAGCAAACUGAACUUUAAUUUCACACAUCAACAACAUUUCCAAGUAAUGCCCUUAUUUAAAGGUAGCUUGUGAUUGGCAUAUUAGAAUUAAAAAUUGAGAAACCUGAUAACCAGAAUGCUCUCAGAAAGUGUACUUUUCGUUUUCGGAGAAGAAUUCAUCAGGGAAGCAGGAAGUUCAACCUUCAGUAAACGAUCAGAUUAUCUGGUUUCGUAGUUUGAGAUUUUCAUAAUUUUUUCGUGAUUUAUUAAUGCCAUAAUUGUAUAUUUGUUAAACAAAGAUCCUUUCAUAACUGUAUAUGUUUAUACCACAAACCUGUCUUCACCAUUUACUACUAUUUACUAUCAUGUUUAUCGAUUAAUUUUACCCUCGUUACUGAUAUACUUUCGCCAUAAUUUUACUUUUGUUACUGUUAGACGCUUACUUCAGAAUACGAUCCUCGUUGCUAUUACCUUUAUCCCAUAAUUCAUCACCCUUACUGUUUUACAAUGACACGUCAAUACCUUGUUCUCAUUUUUUCGUUAUUCGUGCUCUUUUCACCAUAAUUCAUGUAGAGAACUGUGCGUGCUAGACUUUGGAUCCGGGGUUCGCGCCCCGUUACCGUCAAAGGAAGAAAAAUCGCGUUUCGCACAUUAGGACCGUAGGUGAGUAAUAAGAGUGACGGUUAAAUUCCACUAUCCAAUUAGAGUAACCCACCGGCUGUCGGUUGGUGAUGUUGACUAGCUGUCUUCUUUUUAGUCUAUCGUUUCAAAAUUAAGGUGGCCCGGCAUGGCCAGGUGGAUAAGGCGCUCGACUCGCAAUCUGAAGGUCGCGGGUUCGAAUCCCCGU